AUGUCAUUCAAUAUGGAGGGCGAAUCACCCCGAGGCGGUGCAGUGCGCGAACAGGGCCCCCCAGCCAUCCACCCGUCCUUUAUACAGGUGGCCAAUCCAUACAUAUUUGAGCAAACAGUCGAAAAUUGCAUCGAAUCGAUGGGAAUCAAGCCCACUCGUGAAACUUUAUCGCGCCUCCAGGGUGUGGCAUGGCUUGACGAGGUUCGAAGAGCACUGAACUUGUUCCGGUUGGUGCAUCCGGACAACGAGUACAACUUCACAGAUGCUGCGGCUGCUGCUCUAUUCACAGCGUGCAAAAUUGAAGAUACGCUCAAGAAGUCGCGUGACAUUGUGUGCGCCGCAUAUAACCUGAAAGUGUCACCCUCAGAGCAAUUAUCAGCAGAUGACCCUAUGUUUGAAGCAAACGCACGGGGAAUCAUUGGGCUUGAAAGACUCAUGCUAGAAGCCUCUGGUUUUGACUUCCGCACUCGACACCCUCAAAAGACACUCAUGAAGCUGAGCCGACAUUACGGUCUAGCUCGUGAGUCGGAAGUGGCUAACCUUGCCUACCGACUAUCGACGGAUCUCUAUCGCACAUUCGCCCCCAUCAAACAGGGCUCGUCAGCAAUGGCUUUCGGCUGUCUCGAGCUUGCAGGGCGACUACUAGACCAGCGAGCGCCUCAAAUCGAGUCCGGACAGGACUAUUCCCAAUGGAACACAAACCGCGCAGAAGUGAUGGAAACCCUGUUUGACCUACUAGAGCUCUACACACACCAUCGCUCACAUACAACCGUCGGAUCCGAGUUCCCUGCAGACAGAUUCCUGACUGUCCGCAUCCCCCUGAAUCAAGAAGCCAGUGAACAGCGUAUCCCGCGAUACGAUGUUUGGGUUGAUCAGCCACAAAAGCCAUCUAACGGCUCCUCAGGAGCACCCAAGGACUUCCCUCGAGUUGCACACCCAUUGACGCCAAUUGCGGCGAAUGGGGAGAGUCAGAAGACUAGUGAAAGGGGUCGUGAUGCAGCAGUGCGGUUCAUGCUUGAUCCCGCUUGUGCGGACGAAGAAAAACGAGAAGUUGCGCGCUACUUCAACGUCGAAAUGGAAGAAUACGAAGUGGAGCAGUGA